AUGGGUUCCGACCCGCAAUAUGCGAAAUGGCCUCUGCUGCCGCUGUCUCAGCACGUCUUCACCCUGACCAACCCUUACGCGACCAAGCCUGCGCAACAAGCAGCCGUCACCGCCCUCCAGGAUGCCAUCAACGAGCACAAGAUGGCUCCUCUCUACAGGUACCUCGCACAUCCUCUCGAUGGCGUCCUGAACGCCGUAGGCGAGGGUGGCGCGAGCGCGCCCGGCAAGCCGCUCAGUAGGAAGUCAAGUACCGUGGGCAUGAUCGCUGCCAAGAACCCGACCGCGAGCAUCGCUCUGCCCUGGGACGAAGGCCUGUACCAACAACUCAAAGCCGACAAUGACAAGGAGCUCGAGGAGUUCCAGAAGGAGGAAGACGAGGCCGUUGAGAAGGCUGGCGACACUGAGAUUCUUGCUGCAAGGGGCAAGAGGGCAGAGUUCUACGCCAGAGUUGGCGAUAAGGACAAGUCGAUAACCUCAUACGAAGCUCUGCUGGAGAAGACGGGCAUCCUCGGCACCAAGAUCGACCUGACACUUGCCAUCAUCCGCAUGGGACUCUUCUUCGGCGACAAGAUGCUGGUCAAGAAGCACCUCGAGCGUGCCAAGACCCUCGUCGAGUCUGGCGGUGACUGGGAUCGGAGAAACAGGCUCAAGGCAUACGAGGGCCUCUACCUGCUGACCGUGCGCUCCUACAACCUGGCCGCCCCUCUGCUCCUCGACAGCCUGUCAACGUUCACCAGCUAUGAGCUGUGCACCUACACGAACCUCGUCGUCUACUCUGUCCUGGCCGGCUCCGUCAGCCUCAAGCGGGUCGACUUCAAGUCCAAGGUCGUCGAUGCCCCCGAGAUCAAAGCCAUCCUUGGCGACGGCGAAGACAAGCUCCUCGCGCUCUCGGGCGCCCUCUCUGCGGGCCCUGGCGCCGACGCCGACGCCGCCGCGGACAACAAGACGGCGCCCCAGGCCGCCAAGACGGCCGUCGUCAACCUGACGACCCUGGGCUCGAGCGUCGACCAGCCCGAGGCCGAGAUGGCCGUCGACUUCUCGCCCCUGGCCCAGCUCGUCUCGAGCCUCUACAGCGGCAACUACAAGCUCUUCUUCCAGGCGCUCGCCCUCGUCGAGGAGCAGUUCCUGACGCAGGACCGGUACCUGCACGAGCACAAGAACUGGUUCAUCCGCGAGAUGCGCCUGCGCGCCUACCAGCAGCUCCUGCAGAGCUACCGCGUCGUCGGCCUCGAGAGCAUGGCCAACGACUUUGGCGUCACGGUGGACUUUUUGGACCGUGAUCUGGCCAAGUUCAUCGCCGGCGGCCGCAUCCCCUGCACGAUCGACCGCGUCUCGGGCAAGGGCGUCAUCGAGACCAACCGUCCCGACGACAAGAACAAGCAGUACCAGGAUGUCGUACGGCAGGGCGAUCAGCUCAUCACGAAGCUGCAGAAGUACGGCCAGGCUGUGCGCCUGAGAGGAAGCGAGAGGGCCUAG